ACUUGGGACCACGCGUCCCACCUUAAAUCCUGGGGAGACGGAAUGGAACUGAUGCCUGCGAUUGUUCAGAGGGAGCUCCACAGUACUCUGCACGUGCUCAGAGGCAAGCCCCUCUCCAGCGAGCCUGCAGGAGUUAGGGUGGCCACAGUCCUCCAGGAAUGGCCUUGAGACGUCUCCAGUGGUUUUGUGAAGAAACAGCUGGCGAAGAUUAUGCUGAAAGUGUCAAUCUAAAAAAAUUCAGAGGAGAUUUGGCAUAUAAACAACAAGAAUUUAAGAAGGCACUCUUCGAGUAUUCCGGCUGCCUUGCGCUGUUACCUCUGAGCAAUAUUGCCAUGAGAAGAGAUGUACAAGAGAGCCAGGCUCGCUGUUUAGCUCAUCUGGGAAGAUGCGAGGAAGCCUUGGAGAUCACAGAGAUGCUGCAAAAUGGAGCAACAAACACAGACCAUGUGACCGUGGUGCUUGGCCUGAAGUUUGCUAUUUACCGCACUCUGGGGCACAUGGAGGAAAUGAUUGGCUGCUUACAGCAGCUGAUUUCGCUACACCCUUUUCACCCAGGGAACUGGAAGUUGCUUGCUGAGGCUUACAUGAGCUAUUUACAGUUUCCACUGCCACAGUCUGUGUCAGAAGCUUGUCUCCAGGGAUGCGAAGGCGUCGCCGUGAAUCAUUGUCUCCCGGUUUCAUCCAAGGAAGGCUGCUCUCAGCAUCCUCAGAAGCACCACUGGAGGACAGAUUUCUCCUUGCAGAUUUCACCCAAAAUAAAUGGCAGUUUGGAGUCUUGUGAAAAAUGUCAAACAGGGGGACCCACCAAUGCCCAGGGAAAACGGGAGGCACAGCCUGCAGUGAGGAAUACUGCGUUUGGUACCAUGAGGCAGGAAGAGUCAGGAGACAUCUGGAUAUAUGCAUGUGCUUCCUUAGUUAGAGCAAGGCUCUUGCUUCAGCUCACACAGUCUCAGCAGUCCUCUUUCGCUUUAGAGAGUAACUUAAAAGCACAGCAAGACAUUGAAGACAAAGUUGCAUCCUUUGGAUUGAAGGGAGAUGUCUUGUCCUUGAUGACUGAAGAGAUGGGAAAGGAUCUCGUUCCAGAGAAGCUCAAAGAGGAUGCCCAGGGAGAGGUGAAAUGCAUAGCGGCUUCAGCCCUGGCAUCCCUAAUGACGCCAUCUGCCCCGGACUUUGAGCAGAAAUGGUUCCGAAAGCUCCGAGAUGGUUUCUUUUGCUUGGGCUCUUGCACAUAGCUCAGGACAGCUAAACUAAAACUCUCCUUCCACUGGUUUCUCUUUCCUGGCUAUCCAAAGGACUUGUAAGGAAGUGGCUGAAGGGUGUGUGUAGCCGGAUCACAUGCUCGCCUCCGUUUCACUCGGGCCAGAGAUUCCAUACCUGAAGUGGCUUCCAUCUGUCCCAGGCUGUGGUUGCCCUCUCCAAAGUAGUCCUUUCAGCUCCCAUUAGAGUGGUGAAGGGAGAUGGGGGUUGUGGUAGCUGUGGCUGGGAAUGAUGGGAGCUGUAGUCCAACAACAUCUAUGGGGACCCAAGGUUAAGAACUCCUGGGCUACAAUAACGAUCACCCUACAUGCAAAAGGACUGAAAACAGCCUUUCGGAGGGGCUGUUGGCUCGGUGGUGGUGAUGGCAUUAUUUUUAUUAUUUAUUUAUUUAUUUAUAAUUAAUUAAUUUAAACCCUGUCCUCCCCCCCCCCGCUGACAAAGUGACACAAGGAAGUUUUGUUUUUUUAAAAAAAUACAAUCCAAUAAAAGAACAGGGAGCAAUGA